AUGGCAUGGUGCAGCGGGCUGCCCGACGGCGCGGCGGACAUCGCAGCCUAUGUGGCAACCGCUGCGCGCCGGCUGUCACGGAGGGCCGAUUCGCUGGAGUUCGUCCCGCUGGUGAAGGAUGUGCACGUGCUCUUCAGAGUCUUCCGCGUCCAGCUGGAGAUCUUGGGUCGCGAACAGCGCCCCGCUCCCGACGUGAUCGGCGAGAGGCUCCGCAUUGCGGCCUCGGAUUUCGUGCCUCACGCCCGCUUCCAGGAUGCCGCCGACGAGGCGGUUCGUGCAUUUCGGCGCCGCCGUGCAGAUGCUAGGGCUGCGAGUCCAAUGCCGAUUGCCGAAAAGCCGCUUGUCCGCUUCGCCGAGACCGUGGAGCUUGUGGGGACCUCGGAAACGAGCAAGCAGGGCGACGUCGACAUCGUGAGGGUCGAGCCCGUGCUGCAGGAAAACAGGGAGCAGGUGCGGACGGUGAACGCGCAGCUCAGCUCCGCGCGGGACCAGGGAAGUAAGCUGACGUUGCCCGUGGAGCUGGUGAGCGUCGGCGGAGCGCUGGCGGAACCCGUUAGCAAAGUCAGCUCCGCAGGGAACCAGGGCAGUAAAUUGACGGUACCCAUACAGCAAGUGGGCAUCAGCGGAGCGCUGGCGGAAUCCGGCGGCAAGGCACAAGUUCAACCUGUCGCGAUUGGGGGCCGCACAGACAACCCCCAGCCUGACGAGCUGGAGUGCACCGAAGGCGCUGACCCGGAGAUCGAGGCAGAGCUGGCGGCGCUGAAAGCCAGGGCGGAGGUGCCGACCGCCGACGCGCAGAGCAUCAGCGGAGCCCUCAUCGACCGCUUCGGCGCGGUCAGCUCCAUGGUGGACCAUGGCAGUCAGCAAACGUUGGCCCUGGGGCACGUGAGCAUCAGCGGCGCGCUGGCGGAGCCCGUCAGCAUGGUCAGCGCCGCGGGGGAGCAGGGCAGUCACUUGACUGUUCCCGAGAG